AGUAGCAACUUUAGACAGAUAUGUCAAAAGGCGAUUUUCUUUAACUCUUUUUCUAAAUUUUAACGAACUCCAACAAGCUUCUUUAUUGUUAUGCGUUUAUUUUUUUAGUUUUAAUUCUUAUCCAAAAUAUUUUACAAUAUAAGUUAUAAUUGACAGAACAUAGUGCAUUCACUCUAAACUGGAAAGUCACACCAUUACUUAUUAUAAAUACUCAAUAGCUGAUAGUUGAUUAGUUGCUGUUAUUUUAUGUCAAUAAGAGAGGUAAUAACGUUUUAAGUUGCUCUAAUCUUGGGAUGGUGUAGCAGCUUGCAGUCGUGAGCGGUGCUCACCCAAAGUACUAUCCAUUGGGACACUACUAAACAAAAAUUCAGUAAAAUGUCAAACGUGGAGAACGUUUGCCCCCAAGUUCUUCGCGGAGUGACGAAGGAGCUACGGCGGCUGGCAGCUAAUCCUCCAGCCGGCAUCAAGCUGGUGCUGCGUGAUGAUGAUAUCACAGACGUGGUGGCGCUCAUCGACGGCCCCGCGGACACGCCGUACGCUGGUGGCGUGUUCCGGGUGCGCCUGUGUCUGGGGCGCGAGUUCCCCACGGCCCCUCCUCGCGCGUUCUUCCUCACUCGCAUCUUCCACCCCAACGUGUCGUCGGCGGGUGAGGUGUGCGUCAACACCUUGAAGCGCGAUUGGCGGCCAGAGCUCGGACUGGAGCACGCUCUGCUCGCCGUCAAGUGUCUGCUGAUCGCCCCCAACGCAGACUCAGCGCUCAACGCGGAGGCGGCCGCCUUACUCAGAGACCGCUACGACGACUACUUCGCCCGCGCCAAGCUCUACACCGACAUACAUGCGGGGGUCGGGGUGGCCGCGGUGUUUCGUGAGGAGGCGGCUGCGGCUGCGGCUGCGGCUGCGGAGGGGGACGGGGAAGGGGGGCCGAGGGUCAAGCGUGAGCGGCGCGUGGGAGCCCCGCCCGCAAGAGACAAGAGACGUAUACUGAAGAGGUUAUGAGAGGACGGCGACUGCUAAGAUUAUAAUAGGAAUGUAAAAUAAUGUCUCUAAUUUUAUUUAACUUUUAAUAUGUGAUAAUAAAUUUUGAUUUUCUUUAUA